CAAAUAAAAUUAGCUUAGACGUGCUCCUCCUCCUCUUCUUCUCUUGCUAAAUUUCAGUAUCAACGGCGUCCGCAAAUGGCAACCUCAGAAUCCACGACUGAAGAGGAGGUGCUUGUCGAAGUUGAAGCUAUACAGGCAGUUUACGGCGAAGAUUGUUGUUUUCUUCAUCAAUUUCCUCCACACUUCCAUAUCCACAUGAAGCCUCGAACUGCAGAAAUUUCCUCUCAACAGUUUGUAGAACUUGAUAUUGGGAUACACGCAACUCCUCAGUAUCCAGAGGAACCUCCUCAAAUUUAUAUUGUAGGAUCCAAGGGCUUAGAUCAACAAAGGCAGAAUGAUCUUUUGGCAUGCAUAAAUAACAAAGCGCAACAAUUCUCAUCUUGUUUAAUGCUUAUAGCUCUUUGCGAGGAAGCAGUGGAGAGUCUCUCAAGAAUGAAUCAUCCUGAAGGAAAUUGUCCGCUUUGCAUGUAUCCAUUGGUUGAAGAAGAUACAGAAAAUAAGACAAGGCCAUUUAUGAAAUUAAUGUCUUGUUUUCAUUGCUUUCACAGCGAGUGCAUUAUUGGGUGGUGGAAUUGGGUCCAGAAGCAACGGAAGUCUGAUGGCAUUGAUUUAUCAAUCACAAAUCUCUCAGAAGAUAUUGUAACUAAGCUUGGAAUUCAUGCAAAAGAGGACAAUAGCACAGCUAACUGCCCUGUUUGUCGAAAGCUUUUUCAUGUCAAGGAUAUCGAACAUGUACUAGACUUGAUUAACGCUAAUCCGAAUCAGGGUAGCUACGAAGAGGAGGAUGGCAAAGAAGAGGAGAUGGAGAAUGUUCUUCAGUCUGAAUCGGAGAAGAUGAGAAGGCAGGAAUUUGAGGCUAUACUUAAUCGGCAAGAAGAGAGAGACGGUUUGAUAAAAGAGAAAAGAAACAAUGUAUUAUUAGCAGGAAUGUUCCUGUCUCCACAACCAACAACUACAGAUGGAAUAGAAGAAAGGGAGGAGGAAGGUGUGUCUGUAGGAAUAGGAUCGAAUUCGAAUACAACUACCUCCUCAAAUAGGCCUAGCUCCAGCCGUGGGAGAAACUCACGUAGAGGAGGAGGAGGUGGUGGUAGAGGAGGAGGAGGAGGUGGUGGUGGUAGAGGAGGAGGUGGUGGUGGUGGUAGAGGAGGAGGUGGUGGUAGAGGAAGAGGAAGAAAUCCAAGACCACAAGUUCAAAGAUGGUUGCCGAAAGAGAAAUGAACAACAAACUCGGAAAAUAUUUAGUUAUGUAAUGUUUCCUAAGCAAAAAAAAAAAAGAACUAUCAAAUACAAAAUUUGUGCUGAGAGUUGGAUGAUUUUAAUGAUUUUUGGAGGCCUAACUACAACUUGAAUUAAGGGUAAGAAGCCUUAGUAUUUUGUUUUUGAGCAAUAUGCAU